AUGGAUUCUGUUUUUAUGAAUACAGUAACCCACUUGGAGUUGCCUACCUACGUUGAUGUGUUAGAAAGAGCUGUUAUUGCAGAAGGCAAUAUUGCCGCUCAUACUCGAAUUUCUGAAUGGAAAGAAAAAAUACAGAACAACCAAUGGUUUAAGGGGGCAAUUACUCCGCCAAACAAGAAGCAAAAUUCAGGGACCUCUAGCACUACCACUUCUACUCACAAUUCCGCUCCUGUGUGUCCAGAAUGUGGAUGGAGGCAUCGUGGCAUUUGUCACCGACUGUCUGGAGCAUGCUUCCGAUGUGGUAAAACGGGUCAUUUGAUAAAAGAUUGUCUGCAAAGGAAUCAACAAAACGGUAAUAAGGCUGCCACAAGUUCAGCGGGGUCUACACCAGCUCCUAAUGCAAAGACAACUGCUAAACCUAUUAACAACAAGGAUACGGCGAGGCAAGGUAGGGUAUUUGCGUUGGUUCCAGGAGAUGUUCGGAGUGCAGCAACAGUGGUGUCAGAUAAACCUGAAGAAGAAUUGACUUAUGUGUUGUGCGUAUCUUCACCUAUGGGAAAAUCUAUGCUCUGUACCUCUCUACUUUCUGCUUGUGAACUUCUAAUUGGGGAUGUUCGUGUAUAUGCUAAUCUAUUACCUCUUGAUAUGAACUUGUUUGACAUUAUUCUGGGAAUGGAUUGGCUGGGUGAAUAUGGGGCCACCAUAGACUGUCUAACUAAACAGAUCAGCUUCCAUCCUCCGGGGCAAUCGGAAUCCACUUUUCAAGGAUAUGGGGUGACUUCUCCACCGUAUCUGAUUUCUGCGGCAAGGGCGUGUAGAUUAAUCCAGAAGGGAUGCCGGGGGUAUUUGUGUAGUGUAUUGGAAGGGCAAGCACUGAAUGAGAACACUGAUAAGAUUCCAGUUGUUUGUGAGUUUCCAGAUGUUUUUCCAAAAGAAUUGCCAGGAGAGUUAGUGGAUCGUGAAAUUUAG